ACAUACAUAUUUAUGCACAGUUUUACAUUUCAAAGUUUGAAGCCAGAACAUUUAUUUUUAAUGCUUGAUAACCUUUAUAACGAUUUAUUCUUCAUCGGGUUGUUAAUGUUUGAUGUUAUUGCAAAUGUUGUUGGUUUCACAAAUUUAGUUUCAUUUCCAAACUGUUGCGAGGUAAUAUUCGUAUUCAACGCAUUCCAUUUUAUAAGUAUUUCUCAAUAUUGUGGUUGUUGUAAAUGCUGUUGAGCCGCUUCUUAUUCGCAGUUGUUGCUGUGUUCGUAAAUUUGGCAGCCUGACUGGCGCUUGCUGUUGUUGCUUUCAGUCUUAAAAGCAGCUUUGGUUGGCUGCCUCGCAAAAUUGGUCAAAUCAAAUGAAACAUAACGGUCACAACACGCCAUACGAGCAUGACUAUAAUGCCAACGUUAGAUUCUGUCAUACAUUUAUAGUACUUCGGUUAUUUUGCUUAUUGUGGACAUUAAGUUGCUAUUUUAUAAAUUUAAAAUUGGUGAAUUGUGUUGAAUUGCUCUCCAAACAAUCCAAUAGAAUAAAGAAAUAAAAUGUAUACAAAAAGUUUGCGUUGCGAAUUUCAAAGCGUGAGUACCGGGCAAAUUGUUCACGUGAUUUUCAAGCAGUCGAUAACCAAAGCUUCAGCGACAACAUCCAAUGUGGUUAUGAAAGUUAUAAAAGCAUUUAAAUUCUCUAUGAUUUGCUGUUUGGAGCUGACAUACUUAGCAAUUUUAUUGCUGCCCCUAUCCAGUGCAGUAAAUGUUAGCGACAGCAGAAGUGCCGCGAGCCAAAAUUGGCUGUGGCCAACAGCAGCAGCAAAUAUAACAAAUAUUCGGUCGGAACCUAAUUAUCCAUCUUCACCGGCAACCACAAUUAUUAUCAUAUGCAAUGUUUACUUCACACUAUGCAUCAAUCAUUAUCAUCGGCGCAAUUUCAACUACAACUAUAAAAACGCUGAAAACUGCAAUGAUAUCAGGUAUAGAAACUUCGAUCUGUUUCGUCGGCUAAAUGAAAGUAAAAGCCAAGAUAAGGAACUCCAGUCAAAUGGAAAUGGCAACAGUAAUAGUUGGAGUUUGGAACAGCAAUGGAGACGAAAAGAGCGUAUCACUUGUAGUAGCGCUAAAGGUGAACGAAGUGUUUCAAAAGCAAAUAACCAGCGUUACUUUGAUGAUAUAUUUGAAGUAACAUUGUUUAUGCUUCUCGCCAUUUUCGUAGAAGUGAUUCCUCUUACUCUGCGCUAUGUACGCCAGCGAACCAUAAUUUGCUGGCGUCAACUGCAACUAUUUUGCUGUUGUUCAAAUUGGAACAUUGCAAGAACACUAUUUCAACGACAAAGGUUACAUCAGCAACGCGGAAUUGCAUUGAACUGUGUAUGUGAUGUAAUGAAACUGGCUUUAAUAAAAUGGAAAAGUAAGCAAGAUCUUGUGCAGAAGCAGCCAUACACAAUUCGGCAGAAUCAGUUGACAGUUUUUGCAGUGAUUACCGGGAAAAUAUUUGCACUUUUCGUUCAAGGUACCACUAGUCCAUCUACUGAUAUUUCGAUAUCAGCAGAUGCCAGAGGUGUGUGUACAACAGCCGGAAAACUUAUAUUUUUGUCUGGAGUACCGGGAGCAACAGUUGCUAAAAUUUCGAAAAACUGUAAAAAUACAUGCCAGCAUUUUUUACUAACGACUAUUGUUAUUAGCCCCGUUACAUUCACUCACAAUGAGACUAUUUUAACAGAUCGUGUACUUUACAUUUUAAUACCACAAGACAACAGGAUAUUUCGUAGCCGAUUAGCUCUUUUUACAAUGAUAUUUCAACAGCUACCAAUUAUCGAUAUUUGUUACGACUGUAAUUGUUUUAAUGGUGGCGUAUGCAGCAACGGUAAACAGAAAUUUUCCGACUCCAAUAGGUCUGAAAGUUGUUGUAAUGACGACAGAUCCCAUCAAAAACGCAAAGUGUUCGUGAUAUUACAACCUUUAUUUGAUCACACUGAAACUAUACCAGAAAACCAUGAAAAUAAGUAUGUCGAAGUACGUAAUAAUAGUCGUUAUUUGAAAUCGUCCCGAAAAAAAUUACUUAAAUUAAAAAAAUAUAAAAAUAAAGCCAAGGCCAAAUUGCCUCUCGGGCACGCCGCCAAUGACUUUUUUAAUAAAACCCUUUGGCUUUUCAAAUGUGGUCAGGAAUUUUACAAUGCCCUAAAUGUUGCUAUUGCGCAAAAGAAGGCGCAAACAUUUUGCGAGUUGUUUUGGCCGGGGGCAAAGCUUCACAGCCAUCAAGCAAACACGAAGCAAAAAUCAAAGAUAGUAAAAUCUAUAAAAUCAACAAAGGGAGCAAUGGCAGCAGAAUUUGACGUAUCGAUGAGUUUGAGCUGCACACCUGUGACAGCAAUAAAACAUCGAAGGACAAAAAAUAAUAAUACCGAUUGGAAACAUUGCAUGCAUGAUAUUAUCAAAUUCGACUUAUGCUGUUGUUUUUGGUGUUUUUAUUGUUAUCGUCGGUAUAAGUACGCAUUUGGAAGAAAUUUCAGUGGUAGUUGCAACACUUAUUGGCGGCAAUAUGCCUUUAACUAUCCGCAUUGUAUAUACUGCUACUAUUAUUGCUAUUGUUAUUGCUGUUUUAAUCACUGUUACGGUUGCUGUUGCUGGAUAAAAUUACAGUCAGCAUCAAUUACAUGUCCAUACUGCCAAUUAGUCAGCAGGUUAAAUAAUCAACACCUUACGCGCUAUAUUAAGCUCAACAGAAAUACGGAAGCAGGAAGCACAAUAACACACCUAAAUCAACCUAAGCAGCAGAGAGUACCACACAAAUUAGAUGACUAUAGAAAUUUCUUCCAAUCCAAUCUAAAAAAUUUCACCUAUCCAUGUUCUGACUGCCCACAUUUGAAUUCCUCUGGUACAUUAUAUCGGUACCAAAACCUACAUCACUGUUGCUUACUUUUCACUAAAGAUGUCACUACGGUAACAGCAACGACGGCGACGACAGAAAACGAAGAGACUAUAUCUAAAAAAAAAUCGAAUUUAAUGCAAUACGUCCGUUGCGGUACAAUAUAUUUGGGCAAAUAUUUAUUUGAUAAAUUAAUCCAUAUAGCGGACUAUUUUUACCGGUACAUCAUUGCGGUGCUUCGAGUGAAAAUAUCUGUACCGGGAUCGGCGGCUAUUGUAAUCAAAGUACCAAAAGAACAACAGCAGCAGCAACAACAACAGCAAAUGAUUUGCAUUGCGCACGAUCAACAAUUAAAAAUGAAUAAUUUAUGUAAAAUUUUUUGCAACAACUGGAAGCGACAUCGCCGAAGGAGGCGACGACGGCGACGACGACGAAUAAAUAAGCAGGAACAGCAACAGCAGCAAUCUGUUGCACUCCAGCAGCAACAUAUAAGUAGUGAAAAAGACACGGUACUACACCGCUUGCAUAUAUGGGACGUUAAAGAGUGCAAAACAAUCGCAACAAAUGUACCAUCCGUGCACUUGAUAUUAUCAAACACAACGCCUGUAUCAAUGUUAGCAGCAAUACGUCUAUCAAAUCACAAAAUGAUCGCCUUGAGUGAAGGGACACGAAAGGAAAUGAUGAACCCGCCACCAACACCGACAAUGAUAACGUCACCAAGCUGCACAGCAUCAGCUGGUGUAGCACGUAUCAGCCGAAGCCGAACUAGACAAAAUCUUGUGUGGCUGUUCAUUGGACUGGUAUGGUUUGAGGGACCGAAAUACGUGAACUGCAGUAUAAAUGGAAAUAACCAAUCACAGCAGCCUACUACUCAAGCUCAAACGCAAACAGAAACAGCAACACAUACAGCAGACAAAGCUCCUCUACAACCGCUUUCUACACCGUCACACGUUUGCCAGCACCAACGGCAGCAAUAUCAAACACAGCCAACGCGGAUAACGACAAGUUUACUUUUAUUAACCCCAAAUCAUAAACCUAUAAUCAAAGCGACACAAACACAAAAAACAACAACUUUUGAUGAUGAGGCCGCUAUGUCAUUCGAGUACAAAUUAAGGUAUGGAAAAAACACCAAUAUCAAUGGCAAGAGCAUACGGAGUGACAAUUGUUUGUCUUCACGAAGACGGGCUUCCAUAAUAGCCGCAGCAACAAAUGAAAAGCAGACUCGGCCACACAAUUCCGAUUCGAUUGUGCUCAUCAAUCGCAAGCAUUACGACUGGCUCGAAUCGGAAGCUGAAGUUGAUUUUCUAAAUGAAGAAGCACAUAAUGCGCAAAGUGAUCGUACACGUCUGGAAUCCAUUAAGCGGCAAAUACUAACCAAACUUGGUCUGAAACAUAAGCCCAAUGUAUCUCAUCCCCUUCCCAAGCAAUUUAUUUGGGAUACUAUAUAUCGCGCCGAUGGUAUACACAGCGUUGUCAGUGAUUUUGAUUUCAAUGAAAAUGGAUCACAUCAAUUGGAAAUGAUGGCAGAUGCGGAUGAUAGCCAAGAAAUUCGGCAACAUGACCUUACAAAGCUGCCACUUCGCUUAGAGGGCACCCAAGAAUUGGAGAACACUAUUGGUAAGAAGGAAAUUAUUGGACAUUUUAUGAAUCGAAAUAAUGGCGAUGAACACAACAAAGAGACUACUAGAUCUAAGAUGCCAAUCAAAGCCUCGAAUGAUUAUCAAAGUAUAGACGAUAUGGUGAAAACAGCAAAUGAGAGAGUAUUAGCGAGAAAUUCACCUUCGCAAAGACCUGUUUUUAAAGUGUACACCAAUUAUCGUAUGAUAAAUAAAAGUUCUUUUUAUGAAAAGAGUCAUAACCUGAAGUAUAAGGGAUACAUGCAAAACGUCCGAUUCAAUGAAUCCAGCAAAAUAAAUAAUAGGAAAAGCACAAAUAAUCUCACAUAUCUUAUGCGUAGUAGAAAGCCUAACUUAAAUGUGGACAUUCUUGAAGUUCGAGAAGCAGAAACCGGGGAUGUAACUUACGAUAACAAUGAUGGUGAUGCAUUUUUACAUGCUAAAAAUCUUGAUAAAUAUAAUUUGCAUCAUCUUGAGUAUGGAAUAUCACAAGGUCAAAAUCAGUAUGAAAGUGAAGAUUUUUUCGGUGAAACCCAAGAAAUCAUCACAUUUGCAGAAAAAGGGAAAAUGUAUAAACAGCACCGACUUGUAGAGUUCUCAGCACAGACAAAUGGUGUGCCUAAUCCAAAGUUGUUCAUUAGAAAAGCUGAAAUCCAUAUUCGUAUUGACAAAGCAACAAUUAGAGGGACCGAAAACAAGAAAAGAAAGAAUUUUGGAUGUGGUGGAAAGAAAACAAAACUGAAGCUCUGGAUAUUUCAAAUUAUGGAAAAUAAUACCACAAAGGAGGGCUGCGAUCAAUCACCUCAACUUUGUGCUACUUUUAACGUGGAUACAAUAAACUUAGGAUGGCAAAAAUUCGAUAUAACGUCAACUAUCCGGGACUGGUAUGAGCGGUUGCCGAUGAAAAAACUACGCCUACUUAUAGACUGCACUGGUUGUGGCAAGCAGUAUGUUUUGAAUUUGUUUGACCAGCCACUUGAAGUAUCGAGACGAAAACAGUCUUAUACACACCGAGACCAAGACUUGCAUUCUGUAAAUCAAAAUGAUCUGGUAGUUCAAUGGGCACGACGGCGCAGGGCUUUAAAAAACAACAAUAUCAUAGAAAAAGAGAGUGAUGUAAAUCAAGGAGUAUUACCAGGACAUCAGGUUACCAAACAUGUAUCAAUGGCUUGCAACUCUAUUUUAGGUUGCAACGUGCAGAAAAAUUCGACGUCUGUUGUCGAAAAUUAUAAGUUGAAAAAGAUUCAAAUGCAAUUAUUUCAACAGUAUAAAUUGGAGCGAAAUAGCCAGCAACAGCAACUAAAAAACGCAAAACACCGCAGACCAAAUCGUUCAAAACAUCCAGAUGCACAAUAUUUGCAUCGACAAAGAGAUAUGCAUUUACUAAGCCCAAAAUCAUCACUGCUAAAUCCGAAUCGACCAUUUCUGGUCCUACACACAGAAACAAGACGUCUGAGACGAGUUCGCCGUCGUGCUAUUGAUUGCGUUGGCGCUAUCCACGGUCAAUGUUGCAAGGAAUCGUUUUAUGUAUCAUUUAAAGCAUUAGGAUGGGACGACUGGAUCAUUGCUCCACGUGGAUAUUUCGCUAAUUACUGUCGUGGUGACUGUACGGGUCCCUUUCGCACACCUGAUACAUUUCAAACUUUUCACGCACAUUUUAUAGAAGAGUACAGGAAGAUUGGUCUUUUGAAUGGUAUGCAACCUUGCUGUGCACCAGUAAAGUUUUCGAGCAUGUCUUUAAUAUAUUAUGGCGAUGAUGGAAUAAUUAAAAGAGAUCUUCCAAAGAUGGUAGUAGAUGAAUGUGGGUGUCCAUGAUAAUAUAAGUAUAUGCUAUGACUGUUUGCUCAGACCAAAAUGCCCAUACAAAUGUACAUAUAUAUACACUCAGAACUUUAAACCUUACCCACAUACCUACAAAUAUCCGUACAUCCAUAUUACUUCACGUACGUACCACAUUGGCUGAAAAGUCCCGGCCUUACAAAGAAACCCGUUUUUUUGUUCAAAAUUAGCUUUAUUCAUCAACGUAAUUUCCACCAAGAGGAACGCAGUCAUUUCAGUGCCGCUCUAACAUUUAAAUACCACUUUCGUAGAACGAUUUACCUUUUGCCUUAAAAAAGGGCUCAGUUUCAGCGAUAACCUCUUCAUUCGAGCGAAUUUCCUUAUCGGCGAGCAUUUUCUUUAGGUCUGCGAACAGCCAGUUAUCGCUCGGAUGAGGGAGCAAUUCGAAGUUCAAUUCAAGUAGUUUUGCCAUUGUUUUGAUUGACUUGUGGCACGGUGCGCUGUCUUCUUUUUGGUCAGCAGUGGGCAAACGCGGCACCCACUUUGAACAGAGCUUCUUCAUAGUCAAAUGAUCAUGCAAUACCAUAUACUCAGCACGUUCUUUUGAUAUCUUUACUAUGUAAGCUAACUCCCGCAACUUCACUUUUCGAUCACUCGAAACGAUUUUGGGUUUUUUAUGUUUUUGAUGUUUUCUGGUGUUACCGCCUCAUUUAAACGUCUACUGCGUUGUGCAUCAUCGGUGUCUCUACGACCUCGUUUGAAGUCAGCAAACCAUCGUUUUAUUGUUGUUUCUGAUCGAGCGGAGUCUUCAUAACACUUUUCAAGCCAUUUUUUUGCUGGAACGGUAUUUUUCCGCAUCAAGAAGCAGUGUAAAAUUGAAACACGAAACACGCUCUUAGCACAAUAACUCACAAACUAAUGAACAGAAUAUCAUGAAAUUUUAACAGCCGUCUUUUUAAUAACUUUUAACUGAAAAAGAGCUGAAUGCGAUAAAAAUGGAGCCAUCAACGAGUUAGGACCGGGACUUUUCAGCACUUGUGUUAUGUCUAUAUGCGCAUACAAACAUGUUAUGUUUAUAUUAUAUAUAGUUUGCAUUAGUUCAUAAUUACUUUAAAGGGACUUACUUUGAAAGUAAUUUACGCUUCUUCAUAGAAAGUGAAUUAUAUAAAACUCACAAAAUUGCAGCUUUUUAGAGACAUUAAAUUUUUCUGCAAAAUGCAUGCAAUGUGUAAUAUCUUAUUUUUGGAAAACAUGUGUGCACUAUGUAGCGGAACUUAAAGUUAUAUGCCUGGUUCUACUAGUUUACAUGCAUAGCUUACUAAUUUAAAAAUCACUUUGAUAUGGGCAUGCUUUUUUCAAUAUGUUAUAAAAAAUUUCGUAUUAUUCAGUAUUCGAGAAAUUAAGACGGUGCCUUAGAGUUUUGCGAAAGUUUUCGUAAAUAAUACUUUUUGGAAUAUUUAUGUGUGAUCGAAUGUAAAUGAAGAAAUAUUUAGAUAUAAAAAGAUUAUUGCACAGGUACAUAAACAAUUACUAAUAUUAAGAACAGCAAAAGAAAAUUAAAGCUUAAUCGAAAACAAUUA